AGCGCAGCGGAGUGAACGCUGCUUGGCCCACUGAGGAGUGUUGAGCGGUUAAAUAAGAAAAGUGCCAAGUACCUACCAACAACAGCCAGAGUAGGGAACAAAAUUCCCUUUUAGUGUUCUGCGCCAGCUACUUCAUCGAAGCCAUCGGACCAGAGUGCUGCUCCAACGACUUGCCGUCCUGUUUCCCCUGCGUGUGAUUGUGUGUGCGGAGGCCCUCUGUGUGCGACUGUUUUGGCUGAUAAGCGAAAGACUAAGUCUAACAUAUGGCAAACAUUUUUGGAUGCCAACAUGCGGUGGGCCGGUUAUCAUGGCAAGCAAUGUGCAUCAACAACAAUCACAACAGGUACAACAUCCAUACGCAAUAAGUGAAGAUCGGCAACUGCAUCGUCGACGAGCUACGAAACAGUCCUCAGAAUCAAAGCACCCAAAGCAGUGCCAAAUUUGGCCUGAUCAGUCAUCAAAGCGACCACGCAUAAGAAUUGGAACUGCUUCUGGAUCUUUUCUGCUAUGUCCAGCUCUGAAUGUCCUAAAAGAACCAUCCAAAUUUCUUCCAAUUGGUUUCCUUCUGCUAGUUAUCUUUCUGUCCACUCAUGGAGAUUUUGCUGAAGCGGAGGGCAAUGUUGGCUGCCAGUUUGUUAGGACGCUUUGCAUACCCCACACCGAGGUUUGCUAUGAUGAUAACAUCUUCGGCAAAUGCAUUCCCACCACCGGCGUCGAUGUUGAGGACAUUGAGAAGACACCACUCACUGAGGACCAGUCCCGUCUGUUGGCCACCAUGCUGGAGGAGCUCCAGGGCGCGGGCUUAGGCUGGGACCAUCCGUAUGUACAAUGCCGCAUCCAGGGCUCGCUUUUUUCGCUGCAACGUCAACAGCAGUUGCCUCCGAAUCUGUGUGCCAAUCUGGCGCCAGUUCCCCCAGAAUAUGGGGAUCCGGCCAGUGCAUUGGCCUAUGUCCGUUUCACUCCACCCGAACCGCAAAUCGAGGGCGAAUUGGAUUACUACGAACAGCAGCCGGGUCAAUUGUAUCCCAUAUUGCAUAAGAAGCAGGACACCCAAGACAAUGGCAUCAAUAGCAUCAUCCAUCAGUUGCAACUGCAGGAUAGGCGACGCUUGCGUCACGAUCCUGGUGAGCUAGAGCAUUUCGGCAAGUUGGAUCAAUUGGGUCAUGGGGCGCAAGCAGCUCAACUGGAAACUCCGAGUGUAAUGGAUGUCUUCCUGGACACCGAACGGCAGAGGCUGGAACAACAAGCCCGAUUAGCCGAUCAAGAGCAAGAGCAGCAGAAGCAACAUGAACGUCUCGAACUGUAUCAGAUUCUGGCCGCCUCAGAGCCCGAUCCUCAGCCCUACCAACGUAAAAUGCAAGCCAAUGCCAUGGACACCUUGGAGUCGAUAGUGGAACAGCAAAAGGAGCAGCAGCAACAACAGCAGCAGGAGCAGGAGGAAAAGGCUCCUGUCUAUGUGCCCGAAGAUGUGAACGAGUCCAGUGAACUUUACAUUCCCGAUAACUUUGCACCCUUCAAGCGUGUUCGAGGACGAGGACGAAAUCCGAUUGAAGUCGAAGAGCCACCAAAGCGUUCCUUCUUCCGUGAACUGGCCAGCAGAAAUAAUGCGCCAGAGCCCGAGCCUGAGGCGAUGGUAAAACGACGUCCGCCCUUCUAUGAUCAACAGGAGUUGGCUUUCGAUACGGGUCUGUUGCAUAACUCACUGACUCCACUGCAGGAAGAAGCUAUGCUGGCCUCAAACACCUUUCCCCGGACGGCCAAUGGUCAAAGGUUAUACACUGAAGGCGGCUUGCUAAUGAUGCCCUACAACUCGGACCAGGACUCAGACCUCGAUGGCAUGCAGGCAGAUGAACCAGCAGCAACAAUCAAACAAUCGCUGUUGGCCAAUAUGCUGGGCUUUGCCCGACACGAGCGUCUGGAUGUUAAGAAACCCGGACCACAGUUGGGACCGCCUAAGCCCGCGGCCGCUGAGCUCAACAAUCACCUGGAAACGGACAAGGCACGCAGUAGCAAACAGCAGAACAAGGAGGUCCUGCCCGCGCACAUCAAGGGCAGCAGCAACAACGACGAGGACGAUGCACACAAGAAGAAGAAGGUCAUGCAGGAGCAGCACUCGGCCGAGGAUCAUGCGCCGCACACCGUAGACACUGAAUAUGCACAUGUGUUCGUGAAGAACCCAAUUGACAGUUGGUACGAUGGGCAGCGUAUUAUGAAUGAGUUGGCGCAAAUACUACACAUGCAGGGAUACUUUUCUUAUUUAACCGUUCAACCGCACGAAGUGAGCUUCCGGGUGGACUCAAACAACCCCGAACGCAAAACCGCCGGAGAUGUGGCACGCAUCAUCAACGAGAACCGCGGCGUGAAGAACAACAUUCAGCGACGCGUUGGCUUCUAUGUCCUGCAUGCUGGCGUGGGUGACAAGAUCAAGGAUUUGUCAGAUCCCAGUGUCUCCGCCUCGCACAUAGAGCUGGCCGAACAGGGGCCAGAUGUCACUCACAUUAUGGCAUACAUGUUCGCUGGAGCAGGCGCUGCGGCUGUCAUUGUGAUCUUUGUCACCCUGAUUCUGAUCAAGAGGCACGAUCGCAAGCGCGACAAGCUGGGCGGCCUGCAAUCGGGCAUAGCUGGCACAGAGACCUGCAGCAAGGACUAUCAGGAACUGUGCCGAGCCCGCAUGGCUGGCAAAAGUGGCAGUGGCAGUGGCGGCUCAGGAGCAACUGGAACUGGAGCUGCUGGUGAGCCUGCCCACAGUGGUCGCAUAACAUCGCUGAGCAAGGAGAACGAAGGACGACCACCAUCCUCACGAUCUAGUACUUCAUCGUGGAGCGAGGAGCCGGCAUUGACGAAUAUGGAUAUAUCUACAGGACACAUGGUUUUGUCUUACAUGGAGGAUCACUUGCGAAACAAGGGACGACUGCAAAGGGAAUGGGAGGCCUUGUGCCGCUACGAGGCUGAACCAAGUGCACGGGAGGCUGCCUCACAGCCUCAGUGUGUUAGCCUUAACCGUCCCGGAGCUCCCUUGCCCUACGAUCAUUCGCGUGUGGUCCUCAACCAUUUGGCCAAUGCCGAGGGAUUGGAUUAUGUGAAUGCCUCUACAAUUACUGAUCACGAUCCCCGCGCUCCAGCCUAUGUGGCUGCUCAAGGACCAUUACCAUCGACUUUGGCACACUUUUGGCAAAUGAUUUGGGAACAGGGUGCAGUGGUCAUUGUGGCCCUGUGUCGCCUCCAAGAGAAUGGAGAGGUGGCUUGUGCUCGCUACUGGCCGGAAGAGGGUGCAGAGGUCUAUCACAUCUAUGAGGUUCAUCUCGUUAGUGAACACAUUUGGUGUGAUGAUUACCUCGUACGUUCUUUCUAUUUGAAAAAUCUGCGCACUAGCGAGACCCGCACAGUGACACAAUUCCAUUUCCUGUCCUGGCCUCAAAUGGGCAUACCCACUCAAGCCAAAGCCCUUUUGGACUUUAGACGAAAGGUGAACAAAUCGUAUCGAGGUCGUCGCUCUUGUCCCAUAGUGGUCCAUGGAAGUGCUGGUGCUGGUCGCACUGGUGCCUACAUCUUGUUGGAUUUGGUCUUGGAACGCAUGAACAAGGGUGCCCGUGAAAUUGAUAUAGCCGCCACGCUGGAACACUUGAGAGAUCAACGAGCUGGUGUCGUGGCCACACGACAGCAAUUCGAAUUCGUUCUCAUGGCAGUGGCCGAAGAGGUUCAUGCCAUCUUGAAGGCAUUGCCGGCCAAUUCGUCGGGCGAAAAGCGUGAAUUGGAUAAGGAUCCGGCACUCACAGCGGCAGCCCCUGUGGCCCCUGGCUCCUGCUCCACCAAAGAGCCACUGAAAGAGGACAAGGCCCAGGAGGCAGCCGAAGAGGAGGCACCCACCAGUAGCAUCAAGGCGGCGGCGGAACAACAAAAGACGCCAGCCAAAAAACAGCAGCCGCAGCAGGCAAAGAAGUAAAUCAACGUCCACGUUCGGCGUUAAUUUAGUUUCAUCAUUUAUUUUCUUAAGUUUUGUUUGAUGUUACAAAAUUGUUGCAGCGUUUCGGGGGUCCCUUAUAUAUAUAUAUAUAUAAUAGUUAUAUAGAUAUAUCAAUAUAUUGCCCUUUGUUCCCUUAGUUAUAGAAUUGUGACUCUAAAUUGAUUUAUUAUUUGGUCUAAGCACUUGGAAGGUUCGAAAAAGGCUUGAAUAUGGUUGGCUAGAGAUGGUUUCAAAUUAUAUAAUUUUGCGAUAAGUUCAUCCUUAAGGACACAUUGAAAAUGGGAUGGCAUUUAACCGUUUUUUUGGGGGCUUGGCACACACGCACGCUGCUUUUGGUGUGCACACCAGCCCGUCGCAUCUCAAGUGCGUUUCGAGUGGAUCAAGCUCCGUGCCGGACCCGUCAAUGUGCAACAACAAAAAAAACCAAAAAACAAUUAAAACAAAACCAAAAAAUGAAAU